UGUUAUAAUUAAAUUUUGUUAUUGUCUUCGCAUGCUUUAGAGUUGAGGUUCGUGUACCUUUCUCCCAGCUUAGGAGUUCAUUUCGCUCCGUCUACCUUUACUUGUUCCACCUAUGUGGUAGCCAUAGUCUCCACUGGCACCAGGUGCUGACGCUCGGAGUGAGUGCAUGGUGAAAUUUUGAUCUCCCCCCAGACAUUUGAAUUUCACGAAUUAUCUUUAUCACCAGUCGUGAGUAGAUCUACUAUAGUAGUCAUCACUUCGCGUUUCCUAGCACUGAACAGCUGAGCGGAGACGCGGAAGAGUAGGCCACCAUGUCUUCAGAAAAGUUUGAGGACAUCGAAGAUGACUUCAGGUUGAGCCUUGACUCAUUGAGAAAACUGGUCGAGGACAAGAUACCCAAAUUGUCAGGAGAACAAAGAAGAUCGGCAGCGCGAGAUGCAGAGAGGCAGGCCGAGGACUGCCAGCACCUGCUGGGAGAUAUGGAUGGAGAGCUGCAGCACGCCCCUCCGAGCUAUCGCACACAGAUGGGAAACAAGUACCGCAGCUACAAGCGCGACUUCACAAGACUACGGCAAAGCCUGAAACAAUUGACUAGCGCGGCACCUGGUGGUGCAGGUGGACCAGCAUACUCUCGACCAAAUGAAGUCAACCAUUUGGAACAUGAGCAGCGCAGUCAGCUGCUACAAGGCACUAACGCCUUAGAGCGAGCGUCGCAGAGUGUAGCACGGUCGAAUCAGAUCUCCGCCGAGACCGACCAAAUCGGUGUUGAAAUCCUAGGUGAGCUGGAUGGCCAGCGGGAGCAGCUUCUCAAUGCCCGCGAUCGCGUGAUUGAAACUGACCAGGAAAUGUCUCGCAGUCGAAAGCUGAUCCAGGGCCUGGCAAGGCGGGUACUCACCAACAAGCUGAUUAUGAUCAUCAUCAUCCUGCUGGAACUGGCAAUCCUUGGCGGCGUCUGCUAUUGGAAAUUCCACUGAGCACCUACCAUCCUGCAGCAGUGUCUGGAUGAUACGAUCUCGUUCAGCUGCAGCCUCAUCCCUUCCUCUUCAUGGUGAUAUCCAUGUUUUCAUAAUUACACUGCAUGCUGUCCCACAGUUUGUCCCACAAUCUGUUCAUACCAAUGUUUUUGAGAAAGUUUCCUUCCACCAGCGAUCGGUCGCCUGCAUCUCCAUGAAAUCAAGCAGUGAAAUGUCCCCCGUUCAGCUGGCCUCUGUCGGCCGCAUUUAAAAAUCUUCUUUUGUAAAAGUGCCCUGCAAUUAGUGCGGGGCUGCAUGCCUGCAUGCAUGCGCGUAUAUGGGUGCGUGUGUGUCUUUGCAUGCAUGCGCACUUGUGUACUUGGAGGUGUGUUUGUCGACUUUGAGCAAGCAGUAGUGCCUGUAUCAGUGUAUGAUCCCAGCAGCCGCAUGGCGCAGACAUUUUCUUUUUCAGCCACAGGAUUGGCUUGAUGUAUAACUGUGGCUUUUUUUUCCCUGCCGCCGUGCCCACAUGCACCUCUAGUGUGUGAACCCAGUGCAUAAGAAGCAGCACAUCAUGCGAGGAGGCAGCUCCACUUCACAGAUUACCAUGUUAUUACACUAGAGUAGUAUUUUUGUAUUAUCUGUUGAAGCCCUGGCUCGUUUACUUUGACUUUUAUACCUAUCUCGUGGCACGCACGUUGAUUUUUUAAAACUGUUGUGCGUGACUGGAAGCGUCAUCACUGCUCUGCAUGGCCUUCUGCUGUAUUCGCGGAGCGAGUUUACUUUUCUUGCUGUCAUAAUUAUUAUUAUCUUCUUCUUUUUUUUUAAAUCAUUACAAUCACGAGCACGUAUGUUCUAGCAAUGGCGUAUGUUGUGAUCUGUUGGCGUCGUCUGACAAUCACAAUCAGCACA